AGGAAAACUCUCCACUGGCUGGAGUUAUACUUAGCACAAAGGAAGAUUGUGUUUAUUGAAUGCCGGUCACCGUAGUCCCAGGACAUUGGUGCAGGAUUUCCUUGGGGUAGUAUUGUGGGCCGAACCAUCUUCAGUUGCUUCAUCAAAUAACUUCCCUCCAUAAGAUCAGAGGUCUUUUUAUCUUGCAUUGACUUCUGAACCACAAUGCCUUUAGUGACACGGAACAUUGAGCCGAGGUAUCUGUGCCGUCAGCCUCUGCCUAAUGGUGUUCAAAGUGAAUUGGAAUGUGUAACAAAUAUUACACUUGCAAAUGUCAUCAGGCAGCUUGGCAGCUUGAGUAAAUAUGCUGAAGAUAUCUUUGGUGAGCUAUUUAGGGAAGCAGGCAGCUUUGCUGUUAGAGUAAACAGCCUUGGAGAGCGGAUUGACCGUUUGCAGGUUAAAGUAACGCAACUUGAUCCCAAAGUAGAAGAUGUUUCACUGCAAACUAUAAACCUGAGGAAAGCCUUCAAAAGCUCCACGAAUCAGGAUCAACAGUUGUUCUGUCGGUCAUCUCUGCCAGUUCCUAUUAAUGAUACGUACAAUACAUGUGACAAGCCACCACCCCUUCAUAUUCUAACUCCUUACAGAGAGGAUGGAAAAGACAGCCUUAAGUUUUACACUGAUCCUUCCUAUUUCUUUGAUCUCUGGAAAGAAAAAAUGCUGCAAGACACCAAGGAGAUAAUGAAAGAGAAAAGAAAACACAGGAAAGAGAAAAAGGAUGUUUCAAAUAGAGGAAAUCUCAAUCCACGGAAAAUUAGAACUCGGAAAGAAGAAUGGGAGAGGUUGAAAAUGGGCAAGGAAUUCGUGGAAGCAAAGUCUGUGACAGAAGAAGCCAUAUCCAACAGCAAUGAGAUCUAUCCUAAUGGAACUAUAGGUUCUGAUGGAAAUGAAGAUCUUAUUUAUAGAACUCAUGGAGUAUAUCGUGAUUCAGUCAUCCCACCUCCUCCAGCAUCACCAGGGGCUGAUUUACCACCUCCUCCACCUGAUUUUGGUUAUGCCAUGGAUGUGCCAAAAGAUUCUUCAACUCUUAAAAGGAUUAGUCUUGGCAGCCCGACUAUUCCUCCUCCAGCACCACCCCCUGGCCCACCAGUCGGAGUUGGGCCAGCUCCACCACCAGCUCCACCACCACCACCACCAUUCAUGGGUCCUGACGGACAUGUGCCUCCUGUUGCUCCACCUCCACCCCCUCCCUCAAUGCCUCCAAUGCAGUCUAAUCAAAACUUCCAUGGUAUUGAUGCUCCAUCGGUUCCCCCUCCUCCUCCUCCUCCAACUGAUCAGUUUCCUGCUGCUCCUGUCCAGCCUUUCCUAUCCUCUGGAGGAGGAAGUGGCCCUCCGCCACCCCCUCCCCCUCCACCACCUCCUGGCCCACCACCACCAUUAUCCUUUAGCAGUGCCCCAGUGCCACCACCUCCAUCUUCGGAGCCAAAACCCAAAGCAUCUUUGCCAGCAGUGAGUGACGCUAGGACCGACUUGCUGUCAGCUAUUCGACAAGGCUUCCAGCUUCGUAAAGUUGAAGAGCAACGAGAGCAAGAGGAAAAGCGGGACCGGGUUGGAAAUGAUGUGGCCACGAUCCUAUCUAGACGUAUAGCAGUUGAAUACAGUGAUUCUGAAGAAUCAGAAUUUGAUGAUGAGGAAUGGUCUGACUAAGCUGGGCUAUGCUGACAUGUGAAUCACCAGCUGCCAAUAUUCAUUUGUUUGAAAAGCCAAACUUUUUCCAACAAUGCCUUCACACACAGAUGUAGUACUCUAAUGUAUUAUUUGCACAGGCUGUGAAUCUGUUGGGAAGAUGCAUGUCAGACAAGAAAACACUUGACAUUAUUACAGAGGGCUUAUAAUGUAUGAAGUGCCACAUUUACAAAGCAAUAAAAUAGACUUGUCCUUGUAGGGUUCACCAUAUGCACUGCAUGUAUGUAUAUUUCAACCAGGAUAAAUGCGCUAAAAACCACUGGAUUCCUAAAAUGAAAACAUCUUGCUGCCUUGUAUCAGACUUUAAUUGCAGUGCACAUGACCAUCCAACAACAAAAUUAUAUUUAUCAGCCAAUAUUUUCUUCUAUAUAAAUUAAUGGUAUUCUUCCUUUUAAUCAAAUAUUGUAGUUAGAAUGAUGGAAUUCUAUAAUCUUGUACAUCAGCUAUACAAAAAUAUAUAUGCAGAUAUAGUUUAGAGUCCAUAUUCACAUUUGCUCGUGCUAAUCAGGUUUAUAUAAAUACUUCAAAAUGUUCCUAUUGAUUUAAAUAAUCUAAUUUUGUGUAAUUAGCAAUGUCACCAAAGUGCUUUAUUGAACAAAGUUUUAAAGGGAACAUAUGUAAAAUGUCUUGUAGGAACCUUCAGGCCGUAAUGGUUUUCUUUUAUAAUAUGGCAACAUGUUCCUAAAAUAAAGUACCAACUUCUUGUAUUAAAUGCCUGCAGGUAUAUAAUGGUAAUUGGCUGUAAGGAAGCAUUUAAUGAUAGACCAAAAAAUGACUCUAAACUUAUGAGGGAACUGCAAUUGAAUCUUUGCUUUGUUUACAUCAUUUGUAAGUGUUUCUACAUCUUGCUUAUGCAAUCAUUCAGCGAAAGGAUGUGAGGGGAGAGCUUCACUGACAAACUAUGCAAAUCUAGCGCUAGUCAAACUAACAUAAUAUGGAAUGUUAUGUACAAUAAAAUGUGUUCAAAAUUACCUUGAUCUAAAUUUAAGAUUAUUUUCUUAGUGUUUUCAGGUUGAUAUUGUAAUUAUACAGCAUCAGAAUCAGGUAGCUGGGUAAAUGAAAUUCUAUAUUUCCUCCCGUUUUUGCUCUUAUCUCCCUGGUGUGGGCAAUUGCAUUUGUUAAUCUGGAAUUACUCCAAGUAAUUUCAAAAGAACUUAAACAAGGCUUAACUAUAACAGGGAUGCUCACAAGAAUGUAUUUAAUUAGAAUUAUAUGUAACUAAAGAUCAUGUGCAGAAUUUGCUACGGACUUCCUGAAGACUGUUAAAAUAAAUGAUUACCAAAACGGUUA